AUGCAGGGCCUCCUGGUGCUGCUGGUGCUGCUGCUCGCCCUGCCGCUCUACUCCGUCUACUGCGUCUACAAGCCGCCGCGCUUCCUCAUCGGCUACCUGCGCAACAAGUUCCCCGACGUGCUCUUCGAGGUGCCCGUGCCCGCGACCCGCAAAGUCAUUGCCCUGUCGCUCGACGACGCCCCCUCGGCGCACACCGGCGAGAUCAUGCAGGUCCUGCGGGAGAAUGACGCGCACGCCACCUUCUUCGUCAUUGGCGGCCAGGUCGAGGGCAGGGAGGCUACGCUGCGCAAGCUGGUUGCGCAGGGGCACGAGCUGGGCAACCAUGCGAUGCGCGACGAGCCGUCGAGGGGGUUGAGCAAUGACGAGCUGGAGAGCCAGGUGAAGGAGGUCAAAGCCAUGCUGACGAAGGCGUACGAGGCCGAGGGCAAGAUCCUGCCGAACAACUACUUCCGCCCGGGGUCGGGCUUGUUCAAUCGACGGAUGAGAGAUUUGCUCGGCAAUAGAGGGUUCAGGAUCGUUUUGGGGAGCAUAUACCCGCACGACCCGCAGAUUCCGUAUCCGAAUGUCAAUGCCAGGCAUAUUCUGAGCAUGGCGCACCCCGGAGCGAUUAUCAUAUGCCAUGACAGGAGGGGGUGGACGGCUCCCAUGCUGCGAAUCGUGCUGCCCGAGUUGAAGCGCCAGGGAUACGAGAUUGUCACAAUCACGGACCUAGUGACGUCUGUUGAGCCAUUGGGCGGCCGGCAAGCGAUGCAGUUUGGAGAGUUGAAGCCUUGAUUUUUAUAACGACAAUUGGUGGGGGAAGGAGAAAUGUUUAUUAAACCAAAAAGAGGGCGGAGUCACUUUUUUCAUUCAUUCGUACGCACUGGCUACUUUUAUAUCUUUUUUUUUUUUUUUUUUUUUUAAUUCAAUGGGCGUGAUAUCCGCAUACAAUAUAUAUUCUGGAGAAUGGGGGGGAAAAGGGAGAAGGGUAAAGGAAAGAGAAGAGAGCAUUUGAUCAAUACAAAUCCGGCAGAUAAAGGCAAGGUUAGGUCAACACUGGAGUUGGGGAAACUCACGGGAGUUAUAAACAAGGGCGAUUGGAAGUGCAGGGGAGUCAUGAUAUCAGAGGACUAUUUCUAGAGAGCCAUCUUCGCGCAAGAGCUGCGAGAUGUUGUAGCGAGGGGAUUUGAGCCUAUGUUUUUCCCCGGGAGAGAUGGUUAGCUCACUGCUGCUUUACAUACGGCUUUUGGUUUAUACAGAUAUGAAGCUCAGUAUAAAAAGAAAGAAAACCCACGCAUUUGGGAAACAAGUUACUCACAUGAAUUCGAGCGUGCCAGU